AUGUCUCCUCAUCAACUUCGUCCGGCGCUUCCAGGUUGCGCCGGCCCUGACUCUAUCCCCACCGAGAUAUUUUUUGCCAUCAUUGAGGCCUUCCUCGCAGAUGCGAAAGCUUCUUCACGGGCCAUUGAGUGGCGGUUAGAGUACGCAGAAGACGCUCCGUCGAACUUCCGGCUCGCUCUCACUGGCGACGUGGGUUACCCUGGACCGCUCAGCAUCCAUCGAUUCCGAAACAUCUCUAUUCCUUUACAGAUCAACAAGAAAUGCAGAGAGCUCACUAGUAGGGUCUUCAUACCGAUUCCCUCGCUGCAUUUUUAUCUUGAGAGAACGGGCCCUGACAUCUUCGUCCUACCUUACGUUGAUCUAUUCCGGGUACCCAAAGUGGAAAGUUAUUACGCGUUGCCUGAAAUCGACGCUUUUUCCAUGGAAGACGAAUACUUUCAAGCAAAUCUGGAGGGCAUUCGACUCCUACAGAAAGUGCAAAACAUCAUCCUUCCCACCAGUCCGGAACCUGGUAGUAGAUACUUCCAGAAUCAGCCAGCCAAUUUCUGUACUGCUCUGGCGUUGCUACCAAAUCUUAGGAAAGUAGUCUGUCACCUCGAACCAUGGAGAUAUUAUCGGAGUCGCCGUUCACCAUCGGCUCUACCAAGCCCUCGCCCGAGCGAGCCGGUAGAGAUUGACGACAGAAUAGAUCUCGACUUGCAACUCUUAACAUCAAAAUUUGAUGGCAUGUCUAAUUGGGAAUUUCUCGAGAAAAAGAAAGUUCGAUUGUACGUCACGGAUGGCGAGGGUGGUGCAGAGAUCAUUCAGACGACCGAAGGCUUCAAAAUGAAAUACUUGACUCCAGAUGAGACCAAAGAUUGUAAAUUCUUGUCAGGUUGGAUGAUACUGUGA